UCAAAAAUUUUGAAGUAACACAUGUAUUAUUCUUAAGUACAUUACAAAGAAAUAGGAGUGAAAAGACUCCCAAUGCACUGUGUUUUAUAUGCUCAAAAAACACUAAGCAUCAGGAAAAGGACUUGACAAGCUCUAACAAUUUUGACUGACUUAUUCUCCAUGUGGAAAAACCCUCCCUUGUCUCCUUAGUGUUCCAUGGUGCCACUCACCUCCAAGCAUUUGUACUGAGGUUCUAGAACACUACUCUAACCUUUUUCUGGAUCUAAUCCUACCCUUUAGAAUUCAGUUUUAAUCAUGUCCUGGAAAAGUCUUUCCUGACCCCCAAAUCUAGGCUGGAUACCCUUCCUCUGUCUUCCCCCAUUUCCCAGUGUUUCCCACCAUCAUAGCAGUUAUCAUACUUCAUUAUAAUACUCUGUUUACUUUCCUAUGUCCUCCCCUAUCCUGUAAGCUUCCUGAGAGCAGGGACGGUGAUAAUCAGGUUCACCAUUUCUACCUCAAGCAUCAAUCAAGCAAAGUGUCAGCCACAUGAUAGUCACUCAAUUAAGUGUGUGAGAAUUCAAUAAUUUAAAUACAGGUCUUGAAGUUAAAUGCUAAGCCAUUGAGCACAGAAAUUCAGAAUAUAUAACUGUAGAAGAUAAUGUAGCUAGUGCUUUUAAAUUGAUCUUAUUGUCUCUGAAUAUAAAAUAUGAGGUUGAAGAUGUUUGAAGCAAGGGCCGUGGCAACCUUGAUUAAUGCCUUGAACUUCUAUAAUACUUGCCUAACAACCACUAUCAAGGUCACAUUCCUUUACACCAUUCUUAUUAAUUCUGAGAGAAAGACUCCCGACUUGAAAGAGCUACUUCUAAGGUAUCUUAGAACUGUAAGAUUCUUCAAAGCAGCUUGAAAGUCACAAGGCUGAUAUAAACAACAAACAACGGGUUUGCCCGUUAGGGUGCAGACAUUACUUAGGCCUCUGAGCGUCGCUGUUGACCACCUAAGUAAAAGCCUGCAAGACAUCCAAUCCAACACUACGACUCCCACAACACAGAGGGCUGGGCAUUUGGCAGGCAAGCUUCCGGGGCGGCAAAGAAAUUUAGUUCAGCGGCCCACUAGCUCUCUCCACGGUGACCUGGAUCCCGUGAAUGCUGGUCACCCCAGACCCUGAGGAAUAAAGAUUGGAAUCCCGCACUGGAUGCUGGAAGUUGCCUCGGAGAAAAGGCUGCAGCAGAAGAAAUGGCGGUUCUGCAAAAGUUGCCACAACGCAGAAGGCUGGUCCUGCUGUGUCUUCUUUUGGCUGCCCUGUGGGAAUUUGGAGUUGGGCAGAUGCGCUACUCUGUGCCAGAAGAAAUCGACAAAAGCUCCUUCGUGGGCAACAUCUCCAAGGAUCUGGGUCUGCAGCCCCGGGAGCUGGCGGAGCGCGGAGCCCGCAUCGUCUCCAGAGGUAGGACGCAGCUCUUUGCGCUGAAUCCGCGAGGCGGCAGCUUGGUGACCGCGGGCAGGAUAGACCGGGAGGAGCUCUGCACCCAGAACACGCGGUGUCUAGUGAAGUUUAACAUACUUCUGGAAGAUAAACUGACUAUUUAUUCAGUAGAGGUGGAAAUAACAGAUGUUAAUGAUAAUGCACCUCUCUUUGGAGUAGAGGAACUGGAGCUAAAAAUCAGUGAAACAACUCNCCACCAGUAUUUACUCAGCCUGAGUAUCGAGUAA